GACUCUCAGGCUGUGCAGGGAAGUUUUAGACGGUGAUACCAAUCGACGGGGACAGAAGACGGGAAGAGGGGGAGGAAAUGGAAGGGCCGGGGGCGGAGCCAGGGAGCUGAACAACGGGUGGGAGCCGUGGAAGACCCAGGGCAUGAACUUGACCUUGGGCCCGGACCGGAGUGAGUCUCAUCGGAGAGGAAGGGGCAGGCCCCGCGCCACAGCCGGGGCGAGGCUGGCGGCUGGGAAGAACGGGGACAGCCAAGGCUGGGCAGCGAGGGGGCGGGGCGAGGACGGAGAGGGGCGGGGUCUUAGCCAAGCCGAUUUGUGGGGGCGGGGCUGACUCCUGGCCGCGUCCUGCCGCUGGCGGCUGCUGCUUGGGUCCUCCUCGGUACCCACUUCCUCUCCUGCGCUUGGCGUGUGGAUCUGCCCGCCCGCGUCCUCCCCCCUGGCCCCUCGGUAUCUUUGUGUCCGUGUCCGCAGUCUGUCUGUCUGUCUCUUUCUUCCGUCUCCCCAGCCUUGAUCAUUCUUACGGGCUUCCGUGUCUGAGACGUGAGAGCGCGUUCCCACGCCCAGCUCUGCCGCGAGAGAGACGGAGGAGCCGGGGACCCGCGCAGAAUGGCAUGACAGAGCAGAACUUGCAUACAAGCCAGCGUGAAUACACAUUGAGCUGCCUCCUAUCCUUGCAGAGGUCAUGGAAGAGGUGACAUCGUGCUCCUUCAACAGCCCUCUGUUCCAGCAGGAAGACAAGAGAGGGGUCACCUACCGGAUCCCAGCCCUGCUCUACGUGCCUCUGACCCACACCUUCCUGGCCUUUGCAGAGAAGCGCUCCACAAGCAGGGAUGAGGAUGCCCUCCACCUGGUGCUGAGGCGGGGGCUGAGGACUGGGCACUCGAUACAGUGGGGUCCUCUGAAGCCACUGAUGGAAGCCACAUUACCUGGGCAUCGCACCAUGAACCCCUGUCCUGUGUGGGAGCAGAAGAGUGGCCGUGUGUACUUAUUCUUCAUCUGUGUGCAGGGCCUUGUCACUGAGCAUCAACAGAUUCUGACAGGCAGGAAUGCUGCCCGCCUCUGCUUCAUCUGCAGUCAGGAUGCUGGCAGUUCGUGGAGUGAGGUGAGGGACCUGACUGAGGAGGUCAUUGGCCCAGAGGUGAAGCGUUGGGCCACAUUUGCUGUGGGCCCAGGUCAUGGCAUCCAGCUGCAGUCAGGGAGGUUGGUCAUCCCAGCAUAUGCCUACUACAUCCCUUACUGGUUCUUUUGCCUCCGGCUACCAUGUAAAGCCAGGCCUCAUUCCCUGAUGAUCUACAGUGAUGACCUAGGGACCACAUGGCACCAUGGCAAGCUUAUUAAGCCCAUGGUGACAGUGGAAUGUGAAGUGGCAGAGGUAAGUGGGAGGGCCGGCUACCCUGUUCUGUAUUGCAGUGCCCGGACACCACACAGGUGCCGGGCGGAGGCACUAAGCACUGACCGCGGUGAAUGCUUUCAGAGACCAGCCCUGAGCCAACAGCUCUGUGAGCCCCCACAUGGCUGCCAGGGCAGUGUGGUGAGUUUCCGACCGCUGGAGAUCCCACAUGGGUGUCAGGACUCUAAUGGCAAAGAUGUUCCUACUGUUCAGCAGAGUCUUCUACUGGACAGCUCCCCGAAGCUACAGCCGGAAGCUGGAACACAGUCAGAAUCAUGGCUCCUAUACUCACACCCAACCAGUAAGAAACGAAGGGUCAACCUAGGCAUCUACCUCAACCAGACCCCUUUGGAGGGUGCCUGCUGGUCCCGUCCCUGGAUCUUGCACACUGGGCCCUGCGGCUACUCUGAUUUGGCUGUUCUGGAGAAUGAAGACUUGUUUGGGUGUUUGUUUGAGUGUGGGACCAAGCAGGAGUUUGAGCAGAUUGCCUUCCGCCUGUUUACAGCCCGAGAGAUCCUGAGCCACAUGCAUGGGGACUGCACCGGCCCUGGGAGGAACUAUGAGCCAGUUCCAAAUUAAUUGGUUUAGGACCCAACUUUCCAGACAAGGGAAACCAGUGAAGGCAACCAUAGGCAGGAUAAUGGAGGAGGCUGGGUUAACAGGUUACCGAAGUCUACAGAGAAUCCAAAAACUUAAUAUUCUGCUUCCUAUCUUUUUUUACUUCUCCUUCUCCAAAGAACAAAAUGAGAAUUUGCCACAGCUCCUGCAGUGGAAAGAGCAUUCAUCUGUGAGUUGGGAAAUCAUGAUGUGGUCCUGGCUGUCCACUGGCUUGCUUUGGGGCCUUAGACACGUCACCCAACUUUCUGGGUCUCAGGUCCCCAUCUGUAAAAGGAGAGGAUUGGUCCUGUGAUUUCCCUGCUUCCCAGCCUUAGGAAAGGCAGAGUGUCUGCAUGCUCCGUGAUCAGCAAGUAAGUCCUGGAUGCACAUAGGACUCUGAUCUCAGAAUGGAAGUCAGAGGAUUCAUCUUUUCAAUGACUUGUCACUCAUCCGCAUGUGAGGUUACAAGCAGGAAGAUCUGGAUGGUUCUGUUUUU